AUGGCUCGUACUAAGCAGACUGCUCGGAAAUCCACUGGCGGCAAGGCGCCGCGCAAACAGCUGGCCACCAAAGCGGCCCGUAAGAGCGCGCCGGCCACCGGCGGUGUGAAGAAGCCGCACCGCUACCGGCCUGGCACAGUGGCCCUGCGCGAGAUCCGCCGCUACCAGAAGUCUACGGAGCUGCUGAUCCGCAAGCUACCGUUCCAGCGGCUGGUGCGCGAGAUCGCACAGGACUUCAAGACCGACCUGCGCUUCCAGAGCUCGGCGGUGAUGGCGCUGCAGGAGGCGUGCGAGGCCUACCUGGUGGGGCUCUUCGAGGACACCAACCUGUGUGCCAUCCACGCCAAGCGCGUCACCAUUAUGCCCAAGGACAUCCAGCUUGCCCGCCGCAUCCGCGGGGAGAGGGCGUAAACUUGUUUUCCAUUUGAGUGCGAACUAUAACCCAAAGGCUCUUUUCAGAGCCACCCACAACAUCAAAUAAGGGUUGUACCACAAAGGAUUAGGAUUAUGCCUACUCCCAAUAAAGUUGGAGCAGAGCGGAACUCCA